AACCGGUCUCCCCUUUAAAUCAAGCGUCUGGUAAAGGUGGAGGCGGCUUACACCUGGUCUCCAAUCCCGCCCCGGUGUUAAGUUUUAUCCCCAUCCCGUUCCUGCCACGUUCUGUUUCUCCUCGGUCCUGCCAAUUGGAAAGCCUUUGCGCGCCCGAGUCCUGCCUCGCCCGAGCAGGUGCAGCGCCAGGUAAGCCGGCGGCGUGGAGAGCUCCCGCUGUUCCCCUGCGCCCAGACCCAGGAGGGCGGCGACUCUUGCGGGCCGGGAGGCGGUCACUCCAGGGAUCCCGAGCUAAUGGCCUCUUAGAGCUCCCCCAGCCGGGGGAUGUGGCAUUGGCGCGACCCGGAACUGUCCGGCCGGCGGGAGCUCGGAACGCUGCAUGGGCCGGAGCCGAGGUGGGCGCCGAAGCAAGCUCUCCCGGGGGACACGGGGGACGCGGACACCCCGGGGACAUGACGGCUUCUCCUCGAGACCCCAAGGACCCGGAGCUCUCGGCUAUUGAGAUCGGCUGGGCCAGCGUGUGGGAGCAGGGCAAGACGCGGGAUGAGGAAAAGGCAGAAGAGGAGAAAACUUCACCUCUCCUCCGGGACCCUCCGUCUGGGGGGGCGGCGUCCCUACGGGCGGGGAGAGGUAGCGGGGACAAGGACAGCACGGAGGGGGAGGAGGAGGACCCUGAGCUGUGUCCGCCUCCGCGGGGGAGGCCGAGCCGCACAGCAUCCCUGGUGAGCGGACUGCUCACCGAGUUGUACAGCUGCCCGGAGGACGAUGGGGUGGGGGGCAGCUGGGGCAGAGGGCGUCCGGGACGGCAGGAUAGCGUGGACAGCUCCACCGAGGCCUCGGGCGGUUCCGACGCCUUCCUGGGCGGCCGCGUCCUGCAGGAGCUGCUGGAGAGGCAGAGCCAGAGGCACCAACUCCACUACCUGAGACAGAAAGAUAUUGGUGAACUGAAGGCAACCCUUCGAGAACUGACUUACAGCAUUGCUCUCCAGUCGGCAAAGUUGCUUCGACAACUGAAGCAAAAAGAUCGGCUUCUGCACAAAGUGCAGCAGAAUUGUGACAUUGUGACGGCAUGCUUGCAGGCUGUAUCCCAGAAGAGGAGGGUUGACACAAAGUUGAAGUUCACUCUUGAGCCAUCUUUAGGUCAAAAUGGUUUUCAGCAGUGGUAUGAUGCUCUAAAGGCUGUAGCCAGACUUUCAACUGGAAUACCAAAGGAAUGGAGGAGAAAGGUUUGGUUGACUUUAGCAGACCACUAUUUGCAUAGUAUAGCCAUCGAUUGGGAUAAAACCAUGCGCUUCACUUUCAAUGAAAGAAGUAACCCGGAUGAUGAUUCCAUGGGAAUUCAGAUAGUUAAGGAUCUUCACCGAACAGGCUGCAGCUCAUACUGUGGCCAAGAGGCAGAGCAAGAUAGAGUUGUGUUAAAGAGAGUUCUGCUGGCCUAUGCCCGAUGGAACAAGUCUGUUGGAUAUUGCCAAGGUUUUAACAUCCUGGCUGCACUCAUCCUAGAAGUAAUGGAAGGCAAUGAAGGGGAUGCAUUGAAAAUCAUGAUUUACCUCAUUGAUAAGGUACUUCCAGAAAGCUACUUUGUUAAUAAUCUCCGGGCAUUGUCUGUGGAUAUGGCAGUCUUCAGAGAUCUCUUGAGAAUGAAACUUCCUGAAUUAUCUCAGCACCUGGAUACUCUUCAGAGAGCUUCAAAUAGGGAAGGAGGAGGUAAAGGUGGAUAUGAGCCUCCACUAACAAAUGUCUUCACCAUGCAGUGGUUCCUGACCCUCUUUGCCACAUGCCUGCCUAAUCAUACAGUUUUAAAGAUAUGGGAUUCUGUCUUCUUUGAAGGUUCUGAAAUCAUAUUAAGGGUAUCCCUGGCAAUCUGGGCAAAAUUAGGAGAACAGAUAGAAUUCUGUGAAACAGCUGAUGAAUUCUACAGUACAAUGGGAAGACUGACUCAGGAGAUGCUAGAGGACAAUCUAAUUGAAAGCAAUGAACUCAUGCAGACUGUUUAUUCCAUGGCCCAGUUUCCUUUUCCUCAAUUGGCAGAGCUAAGGGAGAAAUACACCUACAAUAUUACUCCAUUCCCAGUCAAACCCACUUCAGUUUCUGGACGGCUUGGCAGGAACAGAGACAGUGAUGAAGAGAAUGAUUUAGAUGAGGAGGAUGCUAUUGUCAAUGCAGUUGGAUGUCUUGGACCUUUCAGUGGAUUCUUGGCCCCAGAACUACAGAAAUAUCAAAAGCAAGUUAAAGAUACAAAUGAAGAACAGAGUCUGGGCUCUAAUAACAUUGCCGAGCUAAGCCCAGGAGCAAUCGAUUCCUGUCGAAGUGAGUACCAUGCUGCCUUUAACAGCAUGAUGAUGGAGCGCAUGACGACAGACAUCAAUGCCCUGAAGCGACAAUAUUCCCGAAUUAAAAAGAAGCAGCAGCAGCAGGUUCAUCAGGUGUAUAUCAGGGCAGGCUCUAAAGAAGGAAAAGAUCUUGAGGUCCUGUUAAAUUCCAAGGACCACUCAACUAAUGAUAAAGGGUUAGUGACCAGUCUCCUCCCAUCUCAGGUAAAUCAUUCUCCAGUAAUAAACCACCUUCUUUUGGGAAAGAAACUGAAAACAAGUAACAGAGCGACCAAAAAUGCGGUCAUCCACAUUCCUGGUCACACAGGAGGCAAACUGUCUCCUAUUCCUCAUGAAGACCUUAAGACCAAACUCAACUCUCCUUGGCGUACUCACAUUCGUGUUCACAGAAAGAAUAUAACCAGGACCAAGAGCCAGCUGGGUUGUGGGGACACCAUUGGACUGAUUGAAGAGCAGAAUGAAGGCUGCAAAACUACCAGUCUGGGUGCAGCAGAGGAAAUGACCUCCACCACUGCAGGGAAGGCUGGAGGAGAUGGGGGCAGCUCUGAUGACAGCACAAGUAGGACAAUUGAUGGACAGUCUCCUGAGCCUGUGUUUAGAGAUGCCAAUGCAAAUGUGGCAGAGGUCCAGCUGAAGCUAGAAACCUUGGAGCUUAAUGAAAAGAGCGCUGCUGAAAUGGAACCCAGGGCUAGCCAGACCUGCCACCAGUAUGGACCCGAGCCACGGAUCCCUGUCAAGCCUCCCCAAGCCAGCUAUACAAAAGCACAUGUCUUUAGCCCCUUCCCUAGUGUCAAGCCACUUCGGAAAUCAACCGCAGCCAGAAAUUUGGGGUUAUAUGGCCCAACAGAAAGAACCCCAACUGUCCAUUUCCCCCAGAUGAGCAGAAGCUUCAACAAAUCUUCUAAUGGUAACAGUGGCACUAAAAAGCGAUGACAUUCUGUUAGGACUCUAUAGUUUGAAUCAGUCUCUCUCUCUUUUUUAAAAAUAGUGUUGUGGGUGUUCAGUCUCACAACUCCAAAAGAAUUUUUUUUUUCCAGAUUAAAAAAAAAGCAAAAGGAUGGGUAAAAGUGCAAAAACCAGCAUUAUGAGAAUUGUGGUUCUCACAACAGGAACUAGGUAGGAGAAUUACAGAGGGACAGAGAGUAACCACAUCCACUUGGGAAACAAAUGGAGUAAAGAAGAUGUUGUGAAACAGUAAACUUGUGUGAUUUUGAUGUGAAGUGUGUUCCUGCUUUUUCAUUGUGAGCUGUUUAGAAAGGCUUAUCUUUUUCCAGAAAUUCUUCCUAUAUGCUGUGGGCCUCUAAGAGACCCAGUGAUGACGCCAGUUUGAGUGUUUUAUCAGCACUCAUACACAGGUACACAUUUGCUCGCUAUAACAAGAACUGUGGAAUAUAAGAUUUCUCAUCAGCUUCACCAGCUUCCUUUUCCUGUGUGUAUGUGUAUAUAUAUGUGUGUACGUACAUAUGUGCAUAUGAAGGCAUGUUUUCCCUUUGGUAGUUUCUUUUAGCUAGUGUCAAAUUUUCAUUGUAUCCUCAUGUUAAAAGUUCUGGGAGGAAAUCUAGAUAGCUGUCCUAUAAUUUUGUAUUUUUGCCUUGUUACCUACUGAAUGCAAACAGUUUUGUUUGUGAAAGCUCAGUGUCUGACUCAUGAUUAUACUUGUAAUUUAUGAUGCACAGAACAUAGUUGGGUCAUGCAUUAAUAUAGCACUUGGUGUGUAUGCUUUUUUCCCACUGAACAAUUCCCAAGUUAUUUGAUUUUCUAUAAAUUUCUUCUAACUUACAAAUGUUUUUUGGUUGUCAGUGGUAUUUAUGACUCAAUAGUUGGUGAUUUAAUUUGUUAAGAUGUUUUCAGUGUGCUAUAAGAGUGUACAGAUACCAUGAUGAUCACAACACUCAAGGGGUGUUCAUCUUCAAAAGCCAAGAAAAACAUGUUGCUGAAACCUGGGCUCUUGUGGAGAAAACACUUUAUUACUAGAAUAUGGCUUUAUUUCAAAGGAGGGCAACUGAGUUCUUAAUAUUUUCCUUGUACAUCCUUGUACAAAUAUUUUCCUUGUACAUCCAUCACCAGGGCCCUCGGUAAGCAAGACCACAAAUGUUAUCUCCUCUCUACAGAUGGAAACUGUACACACAUGUACAAAGCAAUAUGCCAAUGAGUCAAGAUAAACACCCCUGUUGAUCAUUUUGACGUAGACCUAUCUCCUUCAAUUGAUCAGCAGGUACACUGGCCACAACCAUGUCAACACCACACUGAAAAGCCAGUUGCCAUGACUGUGUAAGUGACUCCAAGAUCUCUGGAGUAGGGUUUUCCUGCCAAAUGGAAUAGAAUCCUGCCUCGCUGUACCAGGAAACCACUUCAGAUUUUUUGAGCCUUAAGAGAGAGCUCAUUCUUCAUACAGCUGUCUUCUAGCAAAACAGAAGGUCCAUUUCUCCCUCAAACUCUUAAAGGAAACAGAUUGAGCCUCUUUCAGUGGAGUCUGCAAAAAAAAACAGACAGAGAUGCUUUUAGAAAUGAAAGAAACAAAUCCAAUUGCACUUGUAUUACUAAUGCUGUAACUAAAUUUUUAUAAUGGUCUUUUUAGGAUGAAAAGGAUGUGAUUCAUAUGAAGGUUAGGUGAAGAUUAAAAAUGAAGGAAAAAGAAUACUUAUUUUAUUUUCCUCUUUCUCCCCUCCCUCAAGAACUAAAAAUUGAAAAAUAUGACAAAUAAUUCAUUACAGUUUUUAUCUUUAGUUUCAUAAUAUCCAAAGGCAACUUCUCAGGAAAAGUAGAAUGGAAACCUACUUGAUUUAAUAUCUCCCACCUCCCACACCCCCAAGGAGAUCACUUUUUUCAAAGUAAAAUUGGAGUUUUUCUUCUAUUAGUUAGAUUUUAAGGAUAAGAAUAGCAUUACCUAAAAUCUUUUUCAUCUUCCAAUCUUUCCCCACUCAUCUAAAUGAGUCAUACCCCUCAUUAACUGCAUCUUUAACUAUUUCUGCCUCCAUUUCAGUAUGUGUUUCAAUCCUUUCUUCUUUUGGAUGAAUUCAUUACCAGCCUAAAACAUGAAGCAGAGUUUCUGAAACAGUAGCCUGAAAAAUUUUUUAAUUGGUAACUGCAUUUCAAAAUAUUUGGUUUCCUUUGUAUUUUGCUUUGUGUUUUUAAAAAUAUGAUUCUGAAAAAAGGAUUCAUAGUUUUCACAAGAUUUUCCAAAGGGGUCCAUAAUGCAAAAAAGUUAAAAACUGGCAUAGGAGGUAGAAGAAAGUUAUGAGCAGCUCUAGCCCUUAAGGAGAAAUCUAAAUAUGAGUCUCAAGUCUUUGGCUCUUUAAAGGUUUCCUUUGAUCUUUUUGCAGGCAUAGGUCUGCCUAGUUGGUAAGAAGGAAGCCCGUUAUUUCAGUGCCUCAUUCACUAUAAAAAUUUCUCUACAUCAAGAUGGAUCCAGAAUAAAAAAAAAACAGGUCCAGAUAUUGGAAAAAAAUUA